AUGAUGUAUAAUCAGACAAAGCAUAAGGCGAAAAAACAGUUUUGUAUGUACUGCCUACAAAAUUUUAAUACAGAACAAAUUCUUUUAAAACAUAAGGAGAACUGUAUGGUUGUAAAUGGGAAACAGGCAAUAAGGAUGCCAAAAAAGGGUGAAAACUUAGUGCAGUUUAAAAACCACCAAAGACAAAUGCUGGCUCCAUUUGUGAUAUAUGCAGAUUUUGAGGCGAUUACAGAAAAGAUACAAGGAUGUGAGCCAAAUAAGAACAAAUCAUAUCAAAAACAUACAAGCUGUAGUUAUGGUUACAAAGUAGUUUGCUGUUAUAAUGAUAAAUAUACAAAACCGGUAAAAAUAUAUCGAGGAGAAGAACAAGUAAAAAUGUUCAUGGAAGAAAUAUUAAAAGAGGUACAAUACUGUGAAAAAAUAAUCAAAACCAAAUUCAAGAAACCAUUAAAAAUGAGCAGUGAGGAUGAACAAAAUUUUAAUGCUGCGAAAGAGUGUCAUAUUUGUGGUAAGAAAUAUACUAAUGAAGAUAUCCGUGUAAGAGAUCAUUGUCAUAUAACAGGUAAAUAUAGAGGAUCUGCACAUGAAGACUGUAACUUGAAAUUAAGAAUAAGCUCAGAAAAGUUCAAGCUACCAGUUAUUUUU